AUGGCUGCCUUGGGGUUGUUCCUUGUCUGGAGCCUGCUCUUUCCUGCCUUACUCCUGGCAUUGCACCUCCCGACUCCAGAGAACUCUACCUGGCACUUGCCUCUGAAUUCUGUCCCCAAGUCCCCUCAGUUGGAAGUCCCUUCCAAAGACCCUCCUCGAAGGGCCCUGCCAGUCCUUCCCCGCUCUGAUGCCUCUGCCCAUGAGUUCUCUAGUGGAGACGGGGAAUUGAAGAAUGAGAACAGCCAAGGUGCCAGUCCGGUGGGCCACCCUAGAGCUACAAAAUCCAAGAGGAAGUUCAAGCUCCUUGCAAAGGGGGCGCCAGCUGGCUCUUCUAGUGGAAGUUUAGCUCCCCACUUGACUGAGGAGAGCCUCAUUCUGCCAACCGAAGGCUUUUUCACUGUUCAGGGAGAGGUUGAGGGUACCGGAGGUAUAAUUUGGGAACAAAGUCCAAAACAGAGGAAGAAAAAGCUGCCUCAUCCUUCUUCUAGCAUAUCAAAGAGAAACAUGUCCACCUCUGUGGCGGCCCCUCUUCCCACUUCACCCGUACUAGAGGCCUCAGAAUUACUUGUCUCCCAGGAGGGAUCCUUGCCCAAUCUCCACCAAGCAGGGUUCAAACACGGCCUCCCAGCAACUACCUUAAGCCCCAGGCCCACUGUGUCCACCAUUCCUUUGGCAACAUUCCCUGUUAACAGGUCUCUUGUCAAAUGGGAGGUAGUGGAAGAUGCCGAACCUGAGGUUGGUGCUUCAAGGGGAUGGUUGGAAAACAGUGUGCCGGAGCAGGAAAUGCUGGGCCGGAAUCUAACCACAGUAAAAUAUUUGGCUUCAUACAAGAGUAGACAGGUCUACAGUGGCCUCCUUGGCCAGGAAGAGCUUUCUACGUCUCCUCUCAGGCCUGUGGUUCAGGCAGCUGGAGAUGCUCAGGAUCUCCCUGGGCAAGACAGGGCCACACCGCCCGUGACUUCCCCCUCUCAGGAAGGCCUAGUUACCCCACUGAUGGGGAAGGGCCUUAGGCAAAGUCCAGCAAGCUCCAAUCUGCCUAUUUCAGACGACCACUUCCCUGUCCCUUUCACCCCUUCGCUGUCAGGGGUGACCACCCAAGAACCAAAUCCUCAUAUAAGAAGCACUCAUUGGAAUCUGAUCAUUGAUACCACCCAGAAGCCAGGACUUUGGAACACGGCGGGAAUGGAAACCACCAUCUUUCAAGGCAGCUUUGCUACCUCAGGGACCGGAGAAAUGCCUGAUGUUGCAGAGCCCCAACGAGUCAGGGGAGCUGUGAACCCCAAAGUCUCUCUCACAUAUUUUGGCUCCUCUACCCCUGGACAGAGCCCUUCAAAAUUGCAGGAAGAUGCAGGAAUCAAGCAUUCAGAUCCAGCUUGGAAGCAGCCAUCUGGACAAAAUAGCACUGUGGUCUCCGCUACAUCUGCUCGUGUUCCAGCUACCUCUCGCCGUGGGCUAAUCCAAGUCACCACGCAAAGAGUUGUGCAGCACCCUCAGUUGCCUAAGCCAGAUCCAAGCCUGCCUGCCAUGCCCCCUGCUUCCAGUCCACCUUGCCCCCGUCUUGGAAGCACCUGCCACCAGCUCUUGCCCAACAAGACCUUUCUGCGCUGGGGGGAACUUGAGCAGACGCUGAGUUUUGCCUGGGCACUGCAUGUCUACGGCGCUGGAGGGCUUUUUCUGCUGCUAAGCCUGUUGAGCUUGGCGUGUCUGGGGGUAUCCCUUUCGUUGCACAGGUCACAGCUCCCCUAUGUCCUGGCUGCCAGUGGUCUGCUCCUGGUGUUUGGGGUACUGCGAGCCACGUUCUUCCUGGCUGACCCCUACGGCUCUCUGGGCCGACUGCCUGCCCGUGCUAUGCGACUGCUCUACACCGCACCUUUCCCUCUGCUGCUGAGCACCUUCACGGUACUUCUGCUCCGCCUGGUUCAUCAGGCUCGGCUACAGGUCUUGCCCUCCAGAUGGCAGAGCUUGCCAUUUUGGGCUGCGUUGAGCUCCCUACACAGCCUUGUUCUCUUGGGGGCUGACUUGUUGUCCCCUGCAAUGCACUCAGCUGUGUCUGUGGGACUCCACACCCUUUCCUGUACUGCCGGUCUCUGCCUCCUGCCGGCCACUGUGUUUGUGUACUGGCUGCUGCGGCAUAACCAGGGGAUAGAGGGCACCCUGGAGCCAGGCAUAUGGCGGGAAGCCUGGGUGUUGUUGGCAAGCAGUGGGUUGGUACUGCCAUGCUGCGUCCUGCAGUUCUACGGGGUACUGUGGCUCUCGGGGGCAUUGGGACAGCCGGACGUUUUCACCUGGGGCUGGUGGUUUGUGCAGUUCUGGUUCCGGAUUGGCGAACUGGCACUCUCCUUUAUCCUGGUCUCGCUGGCUUGGCAGGCACUUUGCCGGCACCACGAUACCACCGAGCAUUCUUGCUGGGCCAAGCUCCUGAGCUACUUCUGUGCCUACCGCAAGGCUGAGGUGCCAGAGUACCCCAACAAUUGCUAUGAUUGGCCUGGCGGAGUCCUGGAGAAGAUACCCAGUCACAACCUCAAUAAUAACUUGAUCCGGAACUCCCCCGCCGGUGGGCUACUCUGGGGUCUCAAGGACAGCAAUGACCUGCGAGCAGGACCCGGCCAGGGCGCUAGCCCCUCUCCGAGGCGUGCAGGCUACAGCCCCAAGUGCCCCAAUGUGGCUGUGGCAGCAGCAAUGGGCCGCUCUUACACCAGCAUCUGUUUCGAGAGGGAGUCAGUCCUCUCGUUGGCUGACUUGGAGUUCCGCCCACCCUCGCCCAUCAACCUGAGCCGCAGCAUCGACGAAGCGCUCUUCCGCGAGCACUUGGUGCGCGAUUCGAUCUUCCUGCACUCUAGCCUGCGCUUCCCAGCGCGCCAGGACUCCUGCGCCUCGUUGCGUGGCGACUGCUCCACACUGUCCCAUGCAGCCCAGCCCCUGCUGGCCCAGCCCCGUCGGAGCAGCGACCCCGAUUGCCUUUACAGUUUAGCGCGGACCAGCUCAGUGGGAGAUCUGAUUGGCCGAGGCCUAGCUAGCGAGCCCGCCACGGACACAUCACUGGGCAGCUUCUCGCGCACCUCCUUCUCCCGGGCGUCCCUGAAAAUCAGCUGGAACCCCUGGCGCCAUGGGGUGUCCUCUCCCGAAAGCCUGCCCUCAGAGGAGCUGCCCAGCCAACAGCACCAGGCGCAGGCAGAGGAUCUCCCUCCGGCACCAUACAGCAGCGCUCCAAACUCCGAACAUGAGGCCCGCAAGAGCUUUCUGGCACUCAGCAAACAAGUGGAUUCCCGCAGCCUCUCAAGUGACACUAUUGAAUUGUAA